UUGUAUGCGUGGAAGCUUAACACAAAGUGACAGUUUUCUUACAAACUACGCAGAUUUAUACCGAUCACGAAUGCCUCAUGUUUCAAAACGUAGCACAUAUAGCUAGGUUUUUAUACAGUAUUGCUAACGUAAAACAGCCAGCCAGCGUUAGCUACUAAAGUCAUGUCUUGUGUCAGCGUGGUUCAAAACAAUGAUUUACACGCACCUUCAGUCAGAUUAAACUGGAGUCGUGCAUCGCAUUCUACUCAUUGUUGGUGGUUCAACACUGCAAACAUGAAUCAAACUGUACAAGAAAACCGACGCAUUUUUUGACUGUUUUAAUUCGAUGCCUAAUGAGAUUGCUCAUGUUCAUAUACUGUGUCGGCUAUUAGUCUGCCAGACAGUCGUUUAGGUAGGAUAGGGAUAAGGAACUCCACACGAACCGAUUCACCUUAUUUUAGCUGGUCCUUAAUGCCGUUUAAUCUUUCAUUGUAGAAGUACUGUGGAUGAGCGGCCGUAAAGGUUUUAUUUUAUGACUUGACUUUAUUGAACACAUUCCUCAAGAUGUCAUUGGAUCUUUUAUUUAUUUAUUUUUUCUACAUUGCAGUCCGUAUGUCUUUGGACAGUGACAAUUUUUUAUUGUUUUGUCUCUACUCUGAAGCGCAGACUGUCAGCAUUAAUCUGAGGGUGUUUGCAGUCAUAAAGGGAGAUCUGUGUUGGAAGUAAAGCCCUUUUUAUUCAUAGUUCCUUCAUUGUAGGGGACCAAAAGUGAUUGGACAAUUUGCUGGUCAACUGUUUCUUGGCUAGCUGUGCGUCAUUAGUUCAUGGACAAGAAAGCUAGCAAAAGGCAUCCCCCCGCUACUUGACAUGUGAGGCUGGACAUGGACCAGGUGACCUUCUGCAGUGACACGGUGCUCUCGGACGUCCACCUGCUGCAUCCGAACGCCCGCCACCUCAUGACCCGCCUCAAUGCCGUGGGCCAGCCAGUUUUCAUUUCACGGUUUAAGAUCCUGUGGGACUGUGAGAAAGAAGACGACGCCGGUGACGGUGGCUCUGUGGUGGACGCCGCUGAGGACACUGGUGGUGUGAGAGGAGGAGGAGAGGAUGAGGAGCGAGUGAUGAGGGAGGAGUGCGGGGAUGGGGCCAGCGCUUUCUUGGAUGAGGACGGAGAUCUGGACGUGGCGCGGAGACCCCAAGACCCCGCCUCCGUGGAACAGGGCGUGGCCAGGCGCGAUGCCAUCUGUCCCAUCAUCCUGACCCAGGGAGGGGGGGCACCCGCUGACGCCGAGGAGGAGGAGGAGAGGCCCGGGGAGGAAGAGGAGCUCAGCAGAGAUGUGCUUACGAUUGAACAUACAAUGGCUACACCCUUAGAAGAUGUUGGGAAACAGGUCUGGCGUGGUGCUUUCCUGCUGGCUGAUUUCAUUCUCUCUCAGCCAAUGCUGUUCCAGGGAGCCACUGUGCUCGAACUUGGGGCUGGGACCGGAAUUACCAGCAUCGUUGCUGCAACACUGGCCAAAAGGGUUUAUUGCACAGAUGUGGGGCAGGAUCUCCUGAGCAUGUGUCAACACAAUGUGACAUUGAACAGACACCUGCUGGGUCCUGCAGGUGAUGGAGUACGAGUGCGUGAACUUGACUGGCUGGGAGACGAGCUCGGCACAGAGGCUGAAACGGAGUUCAGCUGGACAGAGGAAGAUGUGGCUGAUCUGCAUGACCAUGCAACCCUGGUGAUGGCAGCAGAUGUGUGCUAUGAUGAUGAGCUUACCAACGCCCUCUUCCGAACGAUAUACAGGCUCACCAGCCACUUCCGCAACCCAAGCACCGUUUACCUGUCCGUUGAAAAAAGGCUGAAUUUCACUCUUCGGCGCUUGGACGUGUCCUGCGAGGCGUAUGACCACUUCCGCCGUUGCCUGGACGACCUGCAGGACAUCGCCGAUGGCAAAAGCAGGUUCACGGUGGAGCGGGUUGCCCCUCAGUUCCCCCAGUUCUUCUACUAUGAGCGCAUAGAGCAGCUGGAGCUGUGGAAGGUCAUGGCAUCUCCCCUUUAAGGCAGUACCUUUGGGACGGCUGCAGAUAGGUGCUUGUAUUGCCCAUACAAGCUCGGAGAUGGAAAGUUCUGGAACUUUUCAACACUAGUGAAUACCAAUUCUAAACCACCAGGAUGGUUAAUGCUUUAUAAGUUGUGUGUGUUUUGUUUACAGGGGGUUUCUUUUAAAAUAUGUUUUUUUCUAUUACAAGAUGUUUUCUAAGC